UGCCGGCUCGGAGGUUCCGCUUCCUUGGUGCGGCCGCCAUGGCGCCGCCGUGCUGCCUCGCUCCCCUGCUGCUCGCCGUGGCCCUGGCCCUGGCGGUCCGGGUCCCCGGCCCCGCUGCCGCGGAGGCGCGCCGGGCCCUGGCGCUGGAGGCGCUGGUGGAGGCGGAGGAGCUGGCGGAGGAGCUGUGGGGGGGAGCGGGGCUGCCCGGUGACCUACCCGAGCUGGAGCCGGAGUGCCGCCGCCUCCUCGCCGCCUUCGCGGAGGGCAGCGCGGCGCUGACGGGCUGCCUGGGCCGCCGCGCCCGCCCGGUGCGGCUCUGCCAGGCCUGCCACCGCCACUACCGCCGCCUGCUCGCGCACUACGGAGACAUCGCCCGCGCCGUCGGGAAUUCUUCUGAGAGCCACAAUUGUGCCAAAAGCAUCUUGACCUCAGACAGGCUGCAGAUAGUUGUGACCCUUUCGGAGUUCUUUAACGAAACCUGGGAGGCAGCCAACUGUGCAAAUUGUUUAAAGAACAACAGUGAGGGGUUAUCAAAUUCUACCGUAGAAUUCCUGGAUUUAUUCAAUAAAACUCUGACAUGUUUUGAACAUAACCUUCAGGGGCAAAGCAUCUAUCUGUCACCAAAUAACUACACAGAAGUAUGUAAAAACUGCAACAAAACCUACAAAAUGUUGAAUGACCUGUAUAACAACUUGCAAAGGAUGAACAGGGAAGGUGGUGAAUCAGGGCACUCUGCACACUUGUGUAUCGACGUGGAAGAUGCAAUGAACAUCACUCGGAAGCUUUGGAGCAGGGCUUUCAACUGUUCGGUUCCCUGCAGUGAUACAGUCCCAGUGAUUGCAGUUUCAUCCUUUAUUCUCUUCCUGCCUAUUGUUUUUUAUCUCAGUAGCUUCCUUCACUCGAAGCAGAAGAAACGGAUACUCAUUUUGCCCAAGCGCAUCCAGUCAAAUGCCAGUCUUGUGAACAUCCAAGAAAAAUACAGCUGAGCUGGAAAACAAAACCUGAGAACUGCUGCUGGUAUACAGUGGGUACAAUUGUGUUGGAAUGAGGCCGGCACAAAAGAGGAGUUAAUUAUGGUUUAGUGUAAUGAUACAGAGCAACACAAGUUAAACAAAAUGCUGUCUGACUUCUAAGCGAGGAUAUUAACAAACAUGACAAGGCAGGGCUGUGUGAUGCUGUAUGGACUCUGGUUUUGGAAAAUCUGUGCUGGGUUUUUUUUUCAGUCUUGGGCUGAAGCUAGUGUUUUUCUGUUUCUAAGCUUUUGUAUUUCUCAUCAAUAGAAUAGUUUCACUUUCCUUGCAUGUUUUUUUAUCUUUAAUUUAUCGUGUUUGUUUCACAGAAACCUCAGAUUCUGAAUCUUUUUGAGGUGAUUUUCAUAGGCAGGCAAAACUUGAAAUAAUAUUUGAUAUUUCUACUUGAAACAUUAUGUUUAAUUACACACAACAUUCAGUUUUGCCAGACUUGGGAUGGACAGGAAGCCUUUAAAAAGUUCCCAUCUGUCUGAUACCUCUCUCUAAAGUCAUGCUGCUGGUCUCUGUUGGAGAAAAGAGAAGAAAAAAAAGGCAUGAAAUACGCAGAGGAAGUAGUCCGAAUGUCCAAAUAAUGUCCAAAGCCAGCAACAAAAGCAACAGAACUGCCAGUGCUAGACAUGAAUAAUAAUCAUUGACUACAGUAUUCAGCUAUCUCUGAAGCAGACAGCAUAUUUAGUCAUUUGCACACUUUAACCACUAAAAUAAUUGCUUUUCAAAUGUUAAAUUUUCAGAGGCUUAUUUUAGAUGUCUACUUGGGUAGCUGAAUGCUUCACUGUUUGUCUGUUUAUUGUGUUAUUUCCUUUCCUUUUUAAUUAUCAGGGUUUUUGUUGUGUGUUUUUUUUUUUUUUCCUUUGUAAAGAAGUGAGGUAAAGUCAAGUCACUGGAGAUGCUGAAUUUCCUUGUCUAGAGCUCUCUAUGGCUUACCACAGAAGUGUUUACAGGAACUUCGUAGGGAAAAAGUUACCUUUUCUAGAUAAUAUGUAUUCUAGUGGUAAAUAAACCAGGGGGUUCUCUAACUUAAAAACGGUCCUGAAGGACAGUGAAGAUACUGUGUCGGGAGCCGAUGACUUCCAAAAAAUAGUUUCAGAAAUUAGACUUGUAAACAAAUUCAAGCUCACAGGAUUCCAAAGCUGACGGAGAAAUUAGUACAAUAACUGUGGGGAUGGAGAGUGCUACUGACAGCCUGUGGGUGCAACCCAACGGCUGCAGCAAUACCGACGGUUCAGUUUGGUUAUGAUAGCCCUGAUUUGGGAGAGUGGUGGGGUUGAAAUUAUUUAUAGCCAUACUUGAGGUUAAUGAAUGCCAGAGUCUUUGUUCCCAUUUUAAAAUGUGUUUUCUAACCCUGAGAUAAAAGUGAAUGGCCGUUAGAGCUAAAAAAUUAAAUUUCUCUUGGGAUCUGCAUGUCUGAUGUCCAUCAAUCCCCCUAUGAAAUAGUCUUACGUCUUUGACUUGCUUUGGAGCCUAGAAUGUUAAAUUUUUCCUUUGCACUAAGGCUCAAAUAAAUAUAUAACAGUGCAACAAAAUAGUUCUAAAGCACUUCAAGUCAUUGGUUUUCUUGCUUUUCUUGUUAUUUUUUGUGGGUUUUUGAGUUAGGACUUACUAUCAAUUUUAAAGUCGACAGUAUUUUUAAUAUUAAGUAAAAUCCUGCAUUAGCGAUUGGUCCCACCCACAUGAUUGCCUUUUUGCAUUUUAUCAUUGAGAAGUAUUUAUCUCCCUUUCUUAAACAUGUGAGGUCAACAGUCAGUUUGUUCUAGGUAGUUUACAACAAUAACACAAAACUGUUGUUUCUCUUGCUUGUUAUAUGAAGCUACCUUCUUGCGGCUGGGAGAGGCAUGCUGCCUUUAAAAAAAAUAAGAUUAUUUUUUUAUAUCUCUUAUUCUUAAACUUCAACUUUCUGGGACUUAUUCAGCUGCCUGCUCUAAUAGCAUUACAUUGAUUUGGGACAUCAUAUGAUUGAGAGCUGUUCAAAGCAAUCUUUCAUUCGUGCAGAUAAAGCCAGUUUGUAUGUGCAGCAUUUCAGAAUGACAGCUUUUAUACUGUAAGCAGUGGCUUUUUGAGCACAUUCAUGUUAAGUAGGUCUGAAAGUCAUUACUUCUGGAUAUGGUGGUUAAGCACUUUAAUAAAAAAAAAAAUCAGCUUUCCUUAUUUUCCUGGCUGCUAAGCCAAACGGAAAUACUCAUGUGACUUUUGUUUUUUUUUUUAUUUUAAAGCAGCAGUAAAGUUUACACUUGAGAUUUUUAAUAUUACAUCUACUGUUUUUUCCUUUUUCUGCCCCCCCCCCCCCCCCCCCCCCAAAAAAAAAAAAAAAAUUUGUACUACUAACUUUCUUUACACAGUGUUAUAUUUUUGGUAGGAUAUUUCAUAUAUAAAUUGAUUGAAUUCUCUUUAUACUCUGUUUCCUAGAGAAAUGUGGAAGCACACAGACUGUGUUGAAGGAGAACUAGUGUUCUUUUUGCUGCUAGUCUUUCAUCUUUGUUUAUUUUUGCCUUCUUGGUAUUAUAGGUACUAACUAGGAUGAACUUUGAAAUACUGGUUGUUUGUAUCUUUUUGUGCAAAUAAAGAUUUCUUACUGUGGGGUAGCACUUUCAUUUGUAUUUAUACUUACUCGGAAACCUCUAAACAUGGAAAGUCAGCUCUAAUAAAGAUUGUCAAGAAACAGUGAA